ACAAAAGCAAACACUCCUGGAAGAAGGUUACAGCAACUUUAUCUUGCUGGCAUUAGAAGUGGAUAGUAUAGACCACAUAGAACUUUAUAGCAUGCCAUGUAAACGACGUGUCUACCAUAAGCACGAUGACACUUGGGCAGAGGAAGCUCUUAACCCAUGAGUCAGCAUAGCAUGGCAUGGGCUUUGUGAGCUCACGUGUCCCCCUCACCUUUUUUUUUUUAAAAAGCCUGUCUGUUGCCAAAAAAUUUGGGACUUUUUAUAAAAUUUCCUGUGAAGGGCUUCAUCUAACCUAAUUUACCUUCCAUCUUGGCCGUUCAAUGUCGGAUUCCGACAAUGCAUCGCAUCCACCCGUGCCUUCCGUCAAUGUGGAAGGCACUGACGCGGAUACUCAAGACGAUCAGAGUGAUGUCAAUGCUGCAAGUCAGACAGAAUCGAUUGACAAGACACCAAGACCGCGCCUCAGACGAAGUUAUUCUAAAGGUCUGAACACUCCUUCCGACGGACGAAAGUUUCAUACCAUUCAUAGCUCAGAUGGAGCCAAAUUCUUCAAUUUGGAGAACCAGUUGAGAGAGCUUCAAGGCUCCAAUAAAGGGGAUGGCUACCCUCAUCCAGGCUCUGAAAGACAGCUUACAGUGGAAACGGCUAUCUACAGAGAUCAACCCAUGUUUACCGACUCACGACGACCACUGCUGCCCUCUGAAAUGCGGAGUGUCCGCUCUGGUACUGAAUCAACUCGGUCAACGAAGCGAAAGAAGCGACCAGGCAUCAAUACCGCUGUCACACCGGCACAAAUCUUUGCUCAAAAUUUAAGCGAUGCUGUGCUAGACGCUGACGAUUCCGAUGAACAUGAGUCGUUCGUAUACCGUGACAAAACAAUAUCAUCUACCAAAUCCUUCAAUCCCAACUUAACAUGGUCAUCGUUUGAAGCAACCAGCAACGACCCAUUUCAACCGCCCUCGGUGAAAGGCAGUAGUAACUAUGUUUUUGCCCGCGCUAGCGAUAGCGACUUGUUCCGGGAGCAAAAAUUGCGAGACGACCAUGAGUCGCACCGUCCGGCAUUACGCUCUUCUGUAUCGGACUUGCCAUAUCACUUUGGCCGGCAACGAAACUUUGGGCAAUCCGAGUGGUAUCCCAGUGACGAAGAGACGGCUCCUCUCAUACGGAAUUCCUAUUCAAGAAAACGAAAGCAAGCCGAUAACAACACUAGGCGAAUGGCUAUAUCGAUAGCAUCGUUGUGUCUGAUGAUGGUGGCCUUUGCUAUACUUCUUCUUGUGGUAGCUUCGCCACUCGAUGAUGUACAAGUGUCUAGUAUCGGUAACGUUCUCAGUACACAAAAGGAGCUGAUUUUCGAUGUACACGUUCAAGCAGCAAAUCACAAUUGGUGGACGAUUAAAAUGGUGCAUGCCGAUAUCAGCAUCUUUGCUUCUAGUCACUUUGUCCCACUCGGCUUGCAACCAACCAACGCCACCAACCAUAUAAAUGAACAAGUUGCGGAUCCUGCUGAAUUCCUUGGCUCCAUAUACCAUUUCGAUGAACCUCUCGUCUUUCAACCAGCUGGACUGUUUGAAUCCAAAAUCUCCAUCUCUACCAGCCAAGUGCAAAUCAAACAACCCGGCAACUCAGAAGAUGAUAAUAGUGGCAACGAGCGAUGGUCCCGGCUAAUUCGUUACCCUUAUGAACUGACGGUAAGAGGCGUACUCAAGUAUCGCAUCUUCCCUUUUUUUUCUGUCUCGCGCGUUCACACCGCUCGGGUGUGUAAUGUGUCCAGUGUGGAUCCUGCUACCGGUAAGGUGACGGAUGCUCCUCCCAUUGACAAGGCCAUAUGUAAAACCACUUCGCCCAAACCAAAACCCACCAAUGACACCACCACUUCUGUUUAACUUUUGCACACACACAAAAAUAAUAUAUCCAACAUCCACUAUGUAAUCCCCUAUACCUUCCCUCCCUUCUAUGCUCUAGCCGUGCUGUGGGAACUCCCCUUCACCAUAGAUCCCCAAAUUCAUUAUACCUUCUUCUCAUAUAUAUCACAC